AUGUGGCUAAACUUCCAUUUAGCCAGUUGUUCACCAUCCAUGGGUUUGUCACGAAGAAUGGAAAGUCAAAACAGAUUCCAUUGCUCUAUGUGUUGAUGUCCGGUCGCGAGCUAAGCGAUUAUGUCGCGGUCCUUGAAAAAUUAAAAUCCCUUUUUGAUCCCGAGUACGAACCUUGCUUAGAAGAAGUGGUCUUGGAUUUCGAAACAGCGACCAAAAGAGCAUUUGAAGAUGUUUUCCCUGAUACGAAGAUUUUUGGUUGCAAUUUUCAUUGGACGCAAAGUGUGUAUCGUAAUUUUAAAAGACUUGGAUUUUCAGUAGCUUACAGGACAGAUUCAAAAAUCAAAGAGUUAGUGCGGGAAACAUUAGCUUUGCCAUUCGUUCCAUAUCAAGAAAUUCAAGGUUGUUUAAAAAAACUGAAGGAUCGAUCAGUCCAAUUAGUUGAUGAUUUGAUUGCAUUAAACGAAGAAAGAACCGACGAUAAUCUUCCACCAUUACCUAUUACAGAUCUGAGAACGUUCUUUGACUAUGUCGAGAAACAGUGGAUUACGAGUCGUGUUUGGUCUCCAGAUACUUGGAGCGUCUUUUUUCAAGAAAUGCGGACGAAUAAUGAUGCCGAAGGGUGGCAUUACCGGAUAAACAUGCAUGCUCCUAAGAAGGGCGAUUUGAACCUAUAUCAUCUCAUUGAACUUCUCUAUAAAGAAACUCAGAUGAAUUUGAUUAAUAAAAAGAUUGUUGUUACAGGGUCAAGACGUCAGGAGUCAGAACAAAGUGUAUAUGAGGACCAACGAGAGGAUUAA